AUGGAACGCCAUUUUUGCUUCGUUUGGUCUGGAUGCUUGCAGCUUUUCGGUAGUUCUUGUGGCGUUGGAAGUGCGAGUGUAUGCAUAAUGAGCAUGGUAAUAGCAGGAACUAGAGCUUGGGGUCUAUUAGAAAAAAUUAUUAUUAUUGUACUUCUAUGUUUCGGUAAAUGCGGCUAUGCCAUUACUGAUCUUCCAUUCAAGAUUUAUGAUUGUCCCUGUACAUCGAUGCUACUGCAUGUUGUUGAUUUCCUUUCCUUUUAUGCUGUUUCUUCUUUGAAAAAAUCCACUUGUACCCAAAUUGUCCACACGGAUGAGGCUCACGUUGCACGGCUCCCAUCAUUAUGCCAACUAUUAAUAGUAUACAGUGACAGACAAUGGUGUUCAGUAGAGCAUCAUCAAGAAUCUGCCCACAUUUAUCGAGAAAACUGUAUCCAAAUUCUCCGGCCACCGCUCAGUAUGUGUAAUCAAACCGCCACCGCCACCGCCACCACACUCACCAUUUCAGUGGCUGAUCACUCAACACCACCACUACCGCUGCCACCUUCUCCGCCACCGUCAACCGAUCUCAAUCUUGAUCUAAUAUCGCUCCCCACCGGUGUAAAACACAAAGAACAACCUACCCAAAUUAUUAUACCAACUCUAUCUGAGAUUAUAAGUGAAACCAAAGCAUUACUUAACCUUGCUUUUCCCAUAGCACUAACGGCCCUAAUCCUAUACUCUCGCUCCAUGAUUUCCAUGCUUUUUUUAGGUCAUUUUGGUGAUACUGAACUUGCUGCAGGAUCUUUAGCCAUAGCAUUUGCCAACAUAACUGCCUAUUCUGUGCUAUCAGGUUUAGCAUUAGGAAUGGAACCCCUUUGUUCACAGGCUUUUGGUGCUCAAAACCCAAAGCAUCUUUCUUUAACUUUGCACAGAGCCAUUGUGUUUCUUCUUGUUUGCUCUAUACCAAUCACAUUUCUUUGGCUCAAUGUUGAAAAUAUUCUUCGUUUUUUACUUCAAGAUCCAAAAAUUACUUUAAUGGCUCAAACUUAUCUAGUUUUUUCACUUCCCGAUCUUGCCACAAAUUCUUUUAUUCAUCCCAUCCGUGUUUAUCUUCGGGCUCAAGGUAUUACAGAGCCGCUGACAUGGGCUUCGCUGGUUGGAACAGCUUUACAUUUACCCUUUAACUACUUCUUGGCUUUGCGGCUCAAGCUUGGCGUAGCUGGAGUUGCGGCUGCCUCAGCUUUGUCAAACUUGGUAGUGCUGGUGGUGCUUGUUCUGUACGUUUGGGUCCGUGGGUUGCACGUGCCGACGUGGACCAAGCCGAGCUGGAAGUGUUUGACUGGAUGGAUGCCGCUUAUUCGGCUAGCCAUGCCAAGCUGUGUCUCGGUGUGCCUCGAAUGGUGGUGGUACGAAAUUAUGAUUGUUUUGUGUGGACUUUUGGUGGAUCCUGACUCCACUGUGGCAUCCAUGGGUGUUUUGAUUCAGACGACAUCCUUUCUUUACGUAUUUCCAUCUUCAUUAGGGUUUGCGGUGUCAACUCGAGUAGGGAACGAGCUCGGAGCGAACCGACCCAAUAAGGCUCGAGCCUCGGCCAUGGUGUCGAUUUUCUUAUCGGGAUUUAUGGGCUUGUCAGCUAUGACAUUUGCCACAUCCAUGAGAAAUUUGUGGGCCCAAAUGUUCACCAAUGAUUUGAACAUCGUACGAUUGACAUCAACAGCUCUCCCGAUCCUAGGGUUGUGCGAGCUAGGAAAUUGUCCACAAACCGUUGGAUGUGGGGUCAUACGUGGGACCGCUCGUCCGUCCGUGGCAGCUAGCGUGAACCUUGGUGCGUUCUAUCUAGUGGGCAUGCCAGUAGCAAUUGGGCUUGGGUUCUGGGUUGGGCUUGGGUUUUUUGGACUAUGGAUUGGGCUGCUGUCGGCCCAAGUUUGUUGUGCUGGGCUGAUGAUGUAUAUGGUUGGGACCACAGAUUGGAAGUACCAAGCCCUGAGGGCACAGAAGCUAACAUGCAUCGGAUGUGGCGAAACAACACUGCCGUAAGGUCAU